AUGAUAGGGACACAGCAGAGCAAGACUCAUCCAUACAUCCACAGUGACCAGGAUCCUCAGUGUGCAGGCCUGCUGUGUUCCCAGAAAGUCAUCCAUCAUAGAACAUCUCUGUCUAACAGUGGACCAUCACAAUAUGUUGAUAGGUGCAGUCUGAUGGUCAACGAUAUGCAAGCACUGAAGAUGUUCAAGCAUCCACACCUGGUCAGUUCCUCUGAAGAUGGCAGACGGAUUUGCACAGAGAAAUCUGUGACACACAGCAGGGGAGAUAUGGUCAUUGCUGGAUUUUACCACCUCUAUUCUUGGGAAUUGUUCAUUCAAAACUUGAAUGACCCUACCCUGCAGCAACAGAACAUUCAGAUCAACUUAAAGAAAUACCAAUUGCUUCUCACCCUGCUGCUGGCUGUGGAGGACAUCAACAAGAAUCCCCAUCUGCUAUCCAACAUGACUCUGGGGUUUGAGAUCUAUAGUGCACAUUACUCAGGGACUGAUAUGUUAGAGGAUCCUUUCACCUGGUUGUCUGGGAAGAAUAAAAACAGCCCUAAUUACACCUGCAGAAGAGACAGCAAAGCUAUAGCAGCACUCACAGGAACCCCAAGCACAUUUGUCCCAAUAGGGACACUGCUGGACCUCUACAAACUUCCACAGUUCACCUUUGGGUCUUUUAAUCCUCUUCUGAGUGACCAUGGAACGUUUGGUACUGUCUAUCAGAUGGCUGCCAAGCACUCAGGUCUAGCCUUGGCUAUGGUCUCUUUGAUGGUUCAUUUCAGCUGGACCUGGGUGGGACUGUUCAUCACUGAAGACAACUAUGGUAUGUGGUUCCUCUCAGAAUUGAGAGAAGAGAUGGACAAGAGUAGAGUCUGUUUUGCAUUUGAGAACAUAAUCACUUACAGUGUCCUUUCAGAUUUCUCAAAUGAUCUAUCGAUGCAGCACCAGCUAAUGGACUCAUCAGCCAAGGUGAUUAUCAUAUAUGGGGACAGUAAAUUUCUACUAAGCUUUAUUCUUAAAUUUAGGCACAUUCUAAUUACAGGCAAAGUCUGGGUCCUGAACUCACCCUAUGAUGAUGUGACUAUUUCUAAGAAACAUUUUCUCAUUGACCCUUUCCAUGCACCUCUUAUCUUCUCUCACCAUCAUAGAAGCACUUCUGGGUUCACCAAUUUUAUUCUCAAAGAGACCUUCUCCAAGAACUCAAGAAAUAACUCCCUUCCCAUGUCAUGGAUUCAGUCUGUUUAUUGUGUCCUGAUUAAGUCUGACUGCAGAGACAUGGAGAACUGUUCAUACAAUGCCACACUGCAAUGGUUGCUGAGGCACAUUUUUGACAUGACCAUGUCCGAAGAGAGUUACAAUAUCUACAACGCCGUGUAUGCUGUGGCCCAUGCCCUCCAACAGGUGUUUCUUCAUUACAUGGAAGAGCCACAAGUUCACAAUGGGCAACCCAGGGCAUUUCUCUCUUCACAGCUGCAUCCCUUUUUGAAGAAGAUCCAAUUUACCAAUCCUGUUGGAGACCAAGUGGUUUUGAAUGAGGAAAGGAAAUUGGAGGCAGAGUAUGACAUUAAGAGCUUUUGGAAUUUUCCAGAAGGUCUGGGACAAAAGGUGAAAGUUGGCGAGUUUUCUCCAUCUAGGCCACAUGGUCAACAACUGAUUUUGUUUGAAAAUCUGAUAGAGUGGCCCAUAGGAAUUACCAAGACUCCUCAGUCUGUCUGCACUGAUAGCUGUGGUCCUGGAUUCAGGAAGGCCUCUCUGGAGGGAAAUGCUACCUGUUGCUUUGAUUGCACUCCUUGCCCAAAGAAUGAGAUUUCUAAUAUGACAGACAUGGAGCAGUGUGUCAGGUGUGCAGAUCAUCAGUUUGCCAACACCCAGAGAAACCUCUGCCUGAUGAAAACUGAGAACUUCCUUGCUUAUGAAGACCCCUUGGGCCUGGCUCUAGCCUGCACAGCUUUCUGCUGCACUGCACUCACAGCUGCUGUUCUUUGGGUAUUUAUCAAGCACCAAGACACCCCCAUUGUCAAGGCCAAUAACUGGACCCUCAGCUACAUCCUGCUCAUCUCCCUCAUCUGCUGCUUCUUCUGCUCCUUGCUCUUCCUUGGCCGUCCCCACACAGCUGCCUGCAUCCUCCAGCAUACCAUAUUUGCAGUGGUCUUCACCGUGGCUGUCUCCACGGUCUUGGCCAAGACCAUCACUGUGGUUCUGGCCUUCACUCUCACUGCUCCAGGGAGACACACGAGACAGUGGCUGCUGUUCUGGGUUCCUAACUUCCUCAUCGCCAUCUGCACUCUCAUCCAGGUGACCCUCUGUGGCCUCUGGCUGCGAUUCUCUCCUCCCUUUGUGGACACAGAUGCACAAUCUGAACAUGGUUACAUCAUCAUCCUGUGCAACAUGGGCUCUCUCACUGCCUUCUAUUGUGUCCUGGGAUAUCUUGGCUCUCUGGCCCUGGCCAGCUUCACUGUGGCUUUUCUGGCCAGAAACCUGCCUGACACCUUCAAUGAAGCCAAAUUCCUGACCUUCAGUAUGCUGGUGUUCUGCAGUGUGUGGCUCGCCUUCCUGUCUGUCUACCAAAGCACCAAGGGGAAGGUCAUGGUGGCCGUGGAGGUCUUCUCCAUUUUGGCCUCCAGUGCAGGCCUCCUAGGCUGCAUCUUUGCCCCCAAGUGCUACAUCAUCCUGAUAAAACCUGAGAGAAAUUCUUUCUCCAGGUUCAGGGAGAGAUCACUUUCUAGAAGAAAUAAACAUUAA